AUGGCCUCCAGGAACAAGCAAUUGCGCGAACUGCAGGGACCUCUGCUCCCGUCCAAGGCCCUGGUGCCGGAGAACGAUGACUGCCUGGAGGAGGAGGAGGAAGAGGAGGACGAGCCGGUGUUUGUGGACGCCGAGGAGCUCUGCAGUGGGGGCCUCAAGGCCGGCAGCCUCCCGGGGUGCCGCCGCGUUGUAAUUUCUGAUGAAAACACUGGAGAGAAGUGUGAAGUGUCUGGACAUUUUCCAUUAACGGAUGCUUGGUGGCGAGUGAAGGUACAAGUAAAGCCUGCGGGAUCAAAGAACUAUCAAGUUCAAGGAUUUCCAUCGUACUUUCUACAGUCUGAUAUGUCACCAGAUCAAAAAAGUAUCUGUUCCCUCUUUCUUAACGCCUGUAAUGUCCACAGUGACACUAUAACUGAAUUUUUAGAUUGGGUAAAUGCAACAUUAGGCUAUGAAAAUCUCAACUUUGAAAAUCUUAGGGAAACUUUGAGAACUUUUGAGGAAAAAAAAAAGAAGAAUGGUAAAAAACAAUCUACACAGCAAGAUUACAAGAUGUGCUGUUCUGUGGAAAAAAAAAUUCCAUUUAUAAAUGUAAUGACAGCAUUGAAGUUUCCAAAAAUAAUGGAAUUCCUUCCAGUUCUUCUGCCUCGACACUUUAAGCAGCUCAUAAGCUCAAGUUCUGAAGAGGUGUUGGGAAAGAUAGAAAAGUUUUUAGGUACACAGCCAUGGAAGCUUGGAUUUAGUAAAAUCACCUACAGGGAGCUGAAGCUUUUGCAGUGUGAGGCAAGUUGGACAGCAUUUUGUCAGUGCCCGUCUCUCCUCCUGCUGAUGACUGAUGUGCAGAAGAAUGGGUUGAAACUAUAUUCUAAGCUGAAGCAGCUGUGUAGAGAGCAUGGGCACACGUAUGUGGAAGGACCUGACUUAGCUUCUCAGGUGUCAAACCAGAUGUCUCUUUAUGAUGUUUGGGAGUGUCUGGACUUUUUGAAGGAUAUCAACGUGGUGACCUACGAGAAGGGCCGUGUCUUCCUUUAUGACCUUUACCAGGCUGAGAAAAACAUUGCCUCUUCCAUAGGCGAUCUGAUGCAGAGGCCUCCGUGGUGUUUGCAUGUCGAUGUCAAAAAGGUGCUUGCGUCUCUUCGUACCCAAAAACCUGAGGAUUCAAGAAGGGGCGAUCCAUUAAACGAAAGUAAGCCGGAUGAAACCUUAGAAACUUCUGAGGCCAGCACCCAGGACAGUGGUGACCAUAUCUGGGAUGAUGGUGAAGAUGAAGGUAAUGCCGAAAUACCCGACGAUCAGCUGGACCAGGACCAGGUGGCUGCUUUGGAGAUGGUCUGCUCCAACGCCGUGACCGUCAUCAGCGGGAAAGGCGGUUGUGGGAAGACCACAAUUGUGAGCCAUCUUUUUAGGCAGAGGGAGCUGUUGGAAAAAAGAGAAGUCAAGAAAGCUUGUGAAGACUUUGAACAAGACCAGGAUGUACCAGAAGAGUGGGUUACCUUUACCCAGCAAAGGCCGCCAAAGGCGGACAAGGCUAUAGAAGUGUUACUUACGGCACCUACAGGGAAAGCCGCUGGCUUGCUGAGACAGAAGACUGGUUUUCACGCUUACACACUAUGUCAGGUCAGUUACAGCUUCUAUUUUUGGAAGAAAACAACAAACGAGGACAACUGCGAGAAUAAUCCAUGGAGAUUUUCUUCAGUGAGAGUUCUGGUUGUGGAUGAAGGGAGUUUGGUAUCUGUAGGAAUCUUCAAAUCUGUCUUAAAUUUAUUGCUUGAGCACUCCAAACUUUCUAAGCUUAUUAUCCUUGGUGAUAUUAGACAGUUACCCAGCAUUGAGCCUGGCAACUUACUGCAAGAUCUUUUUGAUACUCUUAAGCCAAGGAAUUGUGCUAUCGAACUAAAGACAAACCAUAGAACAGAAUCUGAGCUAAUUGUGGACAAUGCUACAAGAAUCGCAAAACGCCAAUUUCCAAAAUUUGAUGCAGAGCUGAGUAUCUCAGGUGAUCCAACAAUCCCUGCCUCAGUACAAGAUAAAACGUUUAUUUUUGUGAGACUCCCAGAAGAGAAUGCCAGUUCUCAGUCAUCGAAAAGUGAUCACCACUCUCAUUUAUAUAAUGCUGUUAAAACUUUACUCGAAGAAAAAGACCUGAAGUGUGCAAAAACAUCACAAUUUAUUGCAUUUAGAAGGCAAGACUGUGAUGUCAUCAACGACUGCUGUUGCAAGCACUACACAGGCCACCUAUACAAAGACCAUAAGAAAAAACUUAUAUUUGGAGUUGGCCAUAAAAUUUGUUGUACCAGGAAUGCAUAUCUCACGGAUGUACUGCCUGAAAAUGACUUCUACAGUCAGAAAAGUAAUGAACUAGAGGAUGGUAUGCCUUCUGGUGCUGCUAAAAAUAAGCAUGACUUUGAAAGUGGUAUUCGACUCUGCAAUGGAGAAAUAUUUUUCAUAAAACAGGAUAUAACUGAUGUAACUUGUGGAAAGAGAAGAUAUUUGACCAUUGAUAAUAUGGCUGGUUUGGAGGUAACUGUGGAUUUUAAGAAACUAAUGAAAUUCUGUCGCAUAAGACACGCAUGGGCAAGAACUAUUCACACUUUUCAGGGCUCUGAGGAGCAGACCGUGGUCUACGUCGUGGGCAAGGCGGGCCGCCAGGACUGGCAGCACGUGUACACGGCGGUGACCCGCGGCCGCAGCCGGGUGUACGUCAUUGCCGAAGAGGCUCAUCUCCGGAGCGCCAUCUCCAGGAACAACGUACGCAGAAAAACGCGUUUAAAGCAUUUCCUGCAAGACUGGCUCUCCUCCAGCGAGUCUCCGGCGGAGGGUGCAUCUCCAUCCAAGGGCUCUGAGGACGGCAGAUGCCCCAGCACCCCGCCGCCAGCAUCACCGUUCCCUGCAGCCGCCUUCUCGGGGACCAGCGAGGUCCAGGCCUCUGCCGCUGCGUUCGACGCAUUCGCGGGAUUUGCCGCCGCCUCUGGCGGGCGGGGAGUGCCUUUCUCUGGUGAAACGAAUGCAGGCGGAGAUCCAGCCCAGCCGCGAGGGUCCAAAAGAGCCUGUGCCGUGGCUGAUGAAAGUCCCAGCAAAGUCCUCAUGGUGGAAGAAUCAUCUCCACAAGUGUCUUCCAAACUUCAGAAUCUGAAGCUAAAUAAUUUAACCCCCAGGCGACUUUUCAAGCCCACCGACAAUCAAGAAACUUAA